AUGCAUGGCUUGAAAUUUUCCUGCCCCGUCGAGACUCGUGGAGUUGAGUGUGGGGCAGAAUGGUGCUAUACUGAUGUACGAAAGCUUGCUUUUCUAACAGAUGAAGAAGAAGAAGUUUUAGAGCAAAAACUGGCCUUUGCAAUUGCUAGAAAGUUCUGUGAAUAUAAACAAUGCCCUGGCUGUAGAACAUUCACAGAGAGACAAGAUACCACUAAUUUACGAGUUCUUUGCACUGUAUGUUCAGAAAGAAGCACUUAUGAAUUCUGCUGGCAGUGUCUGAACCCCUGGAAGAACACAAGCACAGACUCUGAUAGGUGUGGAAAUGAUGAAUGCAUAAAUAUGGCACUUGAAGCUCUGAAGAACUGCAGAUUAAUAAAUCUUCCUGAAAGUUCUGUGAAAGACUGUCCAUCAAUCCGUGCCUGCCCCACAUGUGGACUGCUAAUAGAACACAAGAGUCAGUGCAAAUAUAUGACUUGUGCAAGGUGUCAUUAUAAAUUUUGUUUUGCCUGUUUAAAAUCAGCUAAUGCCUGCAAGGAAAAACAACCCGAAAGUUAUUAUGCAAAAUGUGCCACAGCUGUUGCUCCCAGACAACAAUGCAUUCCACAGUGGCAUUUGCGAGCUCAUAAACAAGUUAGGUAAACUGGAAACGCGAUUUCCAAGAGGCUUCAUUUUAGAUUCAGCCACAGGAUCCAUAAGGCCUGUUUUAGUAGUUUCAGGUUGAGGUAACUCACAGUGAAUUCAGAUUGAAUGCUACCUCUUUAGGUGCUGAAUUUUUUCUGUUUUCCUUUGACAGCUUUUUAUAGCCAGCAGAAGAAUAAGACAGAAGUUGAUGGACAAGUUUACUGUCACAUGAGCUAAUUAAGAGAAAGUGGCCUUGAGUUAACACAACUCAGACAUGCUAGAGAGUUGCUAGGGUCAGUGUAAAACACCUUCUCCUCUGUAUCGAGUUUCACAGAGGGUCAAGUCCAGAAGAUGAUUUCCUGUUUCAUAAUGCACAGUUACUUUUAGUCAAAAGCAGUGAUAUUAAAAAUUAUGCAAACUGCUUUGCUAUGGUCAAACAACAUAAAAUGUUAAACUGUAUAAACAAAACACAGUACUCUUAUCAGAUUACGAAUCGAUAAAAGAGAAAUAAUAUAUGAGUUGAAGUGCUCCAAUAUUUUCUAAUCAGGAAAAAAUAUGAAGGCUAAAAUGUUGGUCCUCAACUCUUGGUAUUCAGAAAAUAUGAGAAGUACAGAAAAUAUAUGAGAAAUUAGUAACAAGUCUUAGAAGCAAUUUAGGAGGCAAAACAAAAUAUAUAUCUCUCUUACCACAUUUGAUAAUUUUAAAUGUAGUUGUGUUUGUAAAUGAUAGCGACAACUGCAGGACAGAGGCAACUAUAGCCUAAAGGUGUAAUAAUUAUUGGGAUUACUUUUUGUGUCAUUAGAGCCAGUGUAAAACUUCAGUAAUAAUGUUCGCUAUGUUACUAGUCCCUUCAAAAUAGCUGCAGUAUUGAAUUGUCUGAGGAACAAGUAUCUAUCCAUCAGUAAAGCUUACAUUUUUUCUACUACCACUGUUAUAUAAGAUAAAGCUGGAAUAUAAUAAUCAGGAAGCUUAAUCUGAAGAUUUAUUUUGAAAAGUUUACUAAAUUUCAACAUAAUGAAUCAUAAAGCAAAUUUUCUCAGCAGUUUUGAUACGAGUAUGUGUUCUUUUUAUACCUUUAAUUCAGAUUUUUGAACAGUCUAGUAAGGAACAACAGUGAGACGUAUAAGUUAUUGAUACUAAAAGUUUAUGCCUGUUGUUCUAAUACAUCCAUAAAAAUUUCAAGGGCAUAUUUUAGUACAGAGUUGGAAUGUUAGGAAAACAAAACAUGGCGUAUCACAUAAUCUAGUAAUAGCAGAAUGGUCAGUAAUGUUAGCAUUAAACCAAGAUUCCAGAAUGAUUUCUAAAUGUUCUAAUAAUGGUAGGAACGUUUGUUAUUUUAAAUGAGGUGCUGUAUUGUAAUGCAUUGAAAUACCCCUGUAAAUAUCAGCAUAUUGAUACGGUAGAUAAGACCUGUGUAAUAAUGGUGCUUAUGCAUUGAGGUACCCCUGUAAAUGUGAGCAUAUUGAUAUGGUAGAUAAGACCUUAAGUAUUAUAGGUUCAUAGGUUCAUAUGUAGAUACUAGGCUAUUGGCCCUAAGGCCUAUAUAAGCCUAGCAAAAAGGUACUAUG